UGACGUGUUCGGUUGACAAAGGCGGAAACGUGCACUAGUUUAUUUGGCCAAAUAUAAAAAACCAACUGACACACACAGAGCGCUUGAGAGAGCAGGACAGCAAGCAGCGGGCGAGCGAGUGAGGAGAUAGCCAGUCGAUUAUCGAGGACGCCCCCAACACAACAGCGAUGUCAGCAGCAACUAGAUAAAUGAUAAAUAAAAGAUGUGUAAAAUAAAUGCGACAACUACUGGCAAAUAGCAAAUAGAGCAAGACAAACAGCAGCAGCAGCAGCAACAACAAGCGCCUGUGUGUCCGUGUCCCCGUGUGUGUGUGUGUGAGAGAGAGCGAGAGCGCGCGCGUGUGUGUGUGAGAGUGUUUUGUACAUGUGCCAGUGUGAGUGCGUGUCACAUAUCAGCAGAAGAAAAACCAGCAGCAGCAGCAGCAGCAGUGGAAAAGCGCGCAGCCAAGCAGGAAAAUUUGUAAACCAAGUCGGCAGAGCAGAGACACCGAAGGAGCAGCGCAGCAGCAGCGACGCCAGCAGAAGGUCGCAUCGCCCACCACAGGAGGCUGCCACGCCCCACGCCCCCUCUCCAGGAAGCAGGACGCACCACACCCCCAUUCCCAACAUGGGCAGCGGACACUAUUUCUGGGCGAUCUUAUACUUUGCCAGCCUGUGCAGUGCUUCACUAGCAAAUAAUGCCAAAAUAAAUUUCCGAGAAAAGGAGAAAAAAGUCUUAGAUCAAAUUUUAGGUGCAGGCAAAUACGACGCCCGAAUACGACCAUCUGGAAUAAAUGGCACAGAUAAUAAGGCCACCAAUGUGUCGGUGAACAUGUUCCUGCGCUCCAUUUCGAAAAUCGACGACUACAAAAUGGAGUACAGUGUGCAGUUAACCUUCCGUGAACAGUGGACGGAUGAACGCCUCAAGUUCGACGAUAUCCAGGGUCGCCUAAAGUAUCUGACCCUGACGGAGGCGAACCGCGUGUGGAUGCCCGAUCUUUUCUUCUCGAACGAGAAGGAGGGACACUUCCACAACAUCAUCAUGCCCAAUGUGUAUAUUCGCAUCUUCCCCAACGGCUCUGUGCUAUAUAGUAUACGUAUCUCGCUGACAUUGGCCUGUCCAAUGAACUUAAAGCUGUAUCCGCUGGAUAGACAGAUCUGCUCACUACGGAUGGCCAGCUAUGGCUGGACCACCAACGACUUGGUCUUCCUGUGGAAGGAGGGCGACCCCGUGCAGGUGGUGAAGAACUUACACCUACCUCGCUUCACGCUGGAGAAGUUUCUGACUGAUUACUGCAACAGUAAAACCAACACCGGUGAAUACAGUUGCCUCAAAGUCGAUCUACUAUUCAAGCGAGAAUUCUCAUAUUACUUAAUACAAAUUUAUAUACCAUGCUGUAUGUUGGUCAUUGUAUCAUGGGUAUCAUUCUGGCUGGAUCAAGGUGCAGUGCCGGCGCGAGUGUCACUGGGUGUCACCACCCUGCUGACCAUGGCCACCCAGACGUCGGGCAUAAACGCCUCCCUGCCGCCCGUUUCCUAUACGAAGGCCAUCGAUGUGUGGACAGGCGUGUGUCUGACGUUCGUGUUCGGGGCCCUGCUCGAGUUCGCCCUGGUGAACUAUGCAUCCCGAUCAGGUUCGAAUAAAGCUAACAUGCAUAAGGAGAAUAUGAAAAAGAAGCGCCGCGAUCUGGAGCAGGCCAGUUUAGAUGCCGCUUCAGAUCUGCUAGAUACAGAUAGCAAUGCAACGUUCGCAAUGAAACCGCUAGUACGCCAUCCGGGCGAUCCGCUGGCCCUGGAAAAGCGGCUCCAGUGCGAGGUGCACAUGCAGGCCCCGAAGCGACCCAACUGCUGCAAGACCUGGCUGUCCAAGUUCCCCACAAGACAAUGUUCUAGAUCCAAGAGAAUCGAUGUUAUAUCGCGGAUCACCUUCCCGCUGGUCUUCGCCCUGUUCAACCUGGUCUACUGGAGCACAUAUCUCUUCAGGGAGGAGGAGGAUGAGUAAAUGCCGUUACCUAUUGCCAAACACCAAUUACUUUAUAGAAGGGUUGGCGCUAUUGGCCAACACGAAUGUACUAACAUAUUUCUUUCAUUCUUUUCCAUUUCGGUUGUCUUCAUUUCAUGCUUUGUGUUGCUUAUGGCUUUGUUGGCUUCAUUUCCGAUUUGGUUGAUUUCUUGAUUGACACCUUGAUUGAAUGGUUCAAACCACUAAAGGACCUUCUAAGGCGCGUCUCUGAAAUGCGGUGGCUAUGUAGAAUCUAAUACGAAAUUAACUAAUUAUACCGAGGGAUACGUUGCGAUAUCGCUGUGUGCUACCGGCUAUGUGCCACGUGCUACAUGGUGGUUAUGGUUAUGUCUCGGAACAGUGCAGAUAAGUUAAGAACGGUAUCCGGCAAGGCUCCAUGGCACUUCCACUAAACAAAUAAAGAAUAAUGUUUGAUGAAUGACGAAAUUCUAGUUAAUUGUAAGUUAAAUUGAUCAAGAGUGACUGCAUAGUAGAUAAUGUUAUGAAUAAUUAUACUAAACUAUACACAAACUGACACACACCGCAACACUUGUUUGACUUGAUUUGUUUAGAGGAUGCUCCAAAUUGUUACAAAUUGAUUAAUUAUUUUAGCUGGUUAUCGACGAUAACCGAGUUUUGUUCCGGACUCUAGCUUAGUUCUAAACGAAAUUGCAAUUGAUUUGUACUUAAAUGCGUUAAGUUAGAUAAGCCGCAAACAGCGAGAUGAGGUCGUAGACAAUUCGACUUCUGUAAAUAUGUCAUACAAUAAGUUUUAAGCGAACUAGUUUAUAUGAAUUCUAAUUGUAAAAAUCGUGUAGAUAAAUUUAAGUUUAGUCGAUAAACAAACCACUAACCGAAGCGAGAUACCUAGGUAAAAUCAAUUUAAUUAUGUUCACCUUCGAAGCAAAAUAAAAAUCGAAUCGAAAAUAUCAAAGAAUCCUUCAAACACACAGAAACAAAUACAGAACUUUCUUUUUGCAUUAUUUGCCCAAACUACUCUUAAAUGAUAAGUUCAACUGAAACUGGUGGGUAUCUGCAAGGUAUUUCUACCCAAACUUUAUUAGAAACUUUCUUCAUUACUUAUAUACAUACGGCUUGCUUUUCGUUUUAGAGUUGAAUUUUUAUAGUAGUUAACUUGUUCUGGUACUCACGGGAAGUAAAGCCCUCAAAUUCCGAUUCCUUUUUCAUUUGAAUUCUUAGAAUAUUAUAAUAAAUUUACAUUUACCUAAUUAUGUAUUGGGCCCAAGUGCCGCUUAGCUAGUUAAUUUCCUUAAUUAGAGUUACAAUAUAAAAAUAUACAACAUGCAAACCAUAAACCAAUUAACAGACAAUACAAAAUAUUUUAUCAUGUAGUCAAAGUCCCUAAACAACUUAAUGGAUACUACACAUAAAUUGAUUAAAAUCAGUAUGAUAAGACAUAAAUUAGAUCGAGAUAUAUACGGUUCUUUUCAUAUCCAAAAAUAUCUUUGGUUAUUUAAGUGCCUUUUGUAUGCCAAGGAGAUUUCUCCCCACUUUCUUCCCUUCUCUAACUCUCUCUCUCUCUCUUUCUUCCUAACUUUUGAAUGACUCUGAUCCUUUCACGCUAAAAUCCUUUCCUAAACUCAAUUAGAGAAAUGCACUAACCGACACCAUAAACUAUGCAGCUCUAAUUUUAGAAUUAUAACUAAAGUGAAUUCUACAUAGCAACAACAGAAACAGAACCAAAUCCAGAACCACAAUAACCAACUUAAAUACUUCAGAUAAAUCGAAUAAAAUAUUUCCGUAGUUUUUUAAUAUUUUUAUUAACUUGAGCCUGUUUUAUUCACAUGUUUUCUUAAACUUUUUCUUUGAUUUUGGAAAUGCUUUUCGUUUGCUAUCAUUUAUAAUCUAAAGGUAAGAAACUAAACGUAAAAGGAAAUCAAAAAUCAAUUGAAACUUAUUCUAAUAUAUAGACACUACACAAGGCACCCUGCAUAAUAAUUGUUGUCAUUAAACAAGCGUCAUAAGUACGAUCAGAACAUAUAGAAAAACCGAAAACGGAAAUAUUUAUAGAUACUUUCAUGUUGUAAAAGUUGUGCCAAGCAAAGACGAAACCAAAAACUAGUCAAAGAAUGAAAAUCGAAUGAGAUCGCAAAUUAUAACUAUAACUCUAGCUAUAGUUGUAUUGUAUAUGAAGCUAUUGAACAUACAGGGUUUUUAAAUGUGAGCAUAUAGUUGAUGAACCAGAUGAAGGUCGGGAAAAUCGAACAAAAUUGAUGGCAGUCGGAGACGGGCUGAUUGAUUGAAAUCCGUUGAUUGAUGUACUAGAUGAAAAAUAAUCACGACGUUGGAAAAACAAUUAAACUAGGUCAUACACAAUGGGCGGGCGAAACACCGUUUUCGGCAUUUAUAUUUAGUGAAAAAAAAUGGAAACAUACUUAGGUUGUGUGCUGCUCUUCAUUUGCCGUUCUCCAAUUCGGUCAAUUAUCAUUUAUUCCGGCAAAUCGUUUAGCAGCAGCAGUCCAGUUCAGUGUAAAUAGUUUGGGUCAGAACAUGUAAAUGUCAUUUAAAAGGUUAGGUUAACGAGAAACACAACUACGGGAAAUCGUAACACGAAAUGUGCACAACUUUAUAUAUAUAUAUAGAUGCGUUCCAAAAAGACUUACAGGUUUUGAUUAACAGACGAGCAUAGAGAUUAAAUCAUUUACCAAUGCGAUGUAAACACGAAAAAGAAAGAACUAUGCGAACGAGUAGAUCCUAAGUUAACGUAUGUGUAGAUCCUAAGAGGCAGUUCGAAACCGGACUAGCUAAAGCAUGCACAUAACUAAGCUACUAAGCGCCACGGCAAAUUGCAUUCACCACCCACUAUCUGAACUCACUUGAUCCACUCACCCACUCACUCACACACUCACUUACCACUCACCUACACCACUCACUUGAUGUUUAAUCUUUGCUAACCACACGAAAGAAAUCAAAAAGUGACACCCAAAUCGAAAAUGAAUCUAAUCUUUGCACAGUUUGUCGGGGGGGACAGACGACGAGUUUGAGUAUUGCAAGUAAAAAUUUAGAUAGAUCAUAACACAUAUCUUCCAAAAUGGGGGCGGCUCAUGGCCCAUUGAUAACAAUCAAGCAACUCAAACUAUAAUUUCUAGAGAAGAGAACAAGUGUAAAUAAACGAACGACAAACAGCCGAGUCAUUCGAAUCGAAGUUACGAUCGAUCGAUGGCGAUCGAAGAGCGAAUCAAUAAACACUGCAAAUCACCUUACUUUAUAGAGCUAAGUCAGGACAUGCACAUCCGUACACCCCCGAAAAAAAAUCAAAACCCAAAAACACACGAUCCCCGACCGGAGAGGACUUAGCAAAGAUCAACACACUCACACGUUUAGCCAGUAAGAACGAUUCGAUUCGUAGGGCAAGAUCGCAUGAAUUUCUCUGUAGUGCAAUCCAAACCUGGAACAUAACCCAAGCCCAGAAAGAAACAACGCCAAAAACCACAAACGAAAGAAAUUCUAAAAGUACAUACAUAUACAUAGACCCGGCAAUAACACAUCAAUGCCGUCGGUGUGAAAUUAAAACAGCAAAUCAAAUGCCUAAGUGAAAGAUUAGUAGCAUAAUUUUACAAUAUAGUUGAAAUAAUUGUUGUCACCCGAAAGGAAGGAAAUCCUAGAAUGGAAAACAGGAUAAAAACGAAAUAAUUGUGUAAAACCCCCAGAAUAAUGAUGUUUGUGAAAUGUUUAUAAAUAAAUGAUGCAAAACGAAAUGAAAGAAUACACAAAAAUG